GGCGUGGAAGGGGGUGUGAAAGCUUGCUCUGUAAAUUUUCAAUCGAUCCGGACAGGGGUGGAACAGGAAGAAUCCCUUGCAUGAUUGUGUGGAUACUCAAGUUCUAGAGAAUUCAAUGGCGUUCAAGCUUGGUCCAAUCAAUUUCAAUGCAGUUGCUCAGGGUGUUGGUGGACUUGUUUUUGGAAAUGAGGAUCAAUCAACUGCAGAUGAAGAUAGACAUGUUGAGCGUUUGCUGGAUCGAAUAAGCAAUGGCGUUUUAGCUGACGAUAGACGUGCUGCCAUGGCUGAACUUCAGUCUAUUGUUGCAGAAAGUCGUUCUGCCCAGUUGGCAUUUGGAGCAAUGGGCUUCCCAGUGCUUUUGUCUGUUUUAAAAGAAGAGCGAGAUGAUGUAGAAAUGGCUCGAGGUGCACUGGAAACUCUUGUAAGCUCUUUGACUCCUCUGGGUUAUACACAUGGACUAAGGAAUGAAGUUCAACCAGCAUUAAUGAACUCUGAUCUGCUCUCUAGAGAAUCAGAAAGCAUUUCUCUUCUUUUAAGUUUGCUGUCAGAAGAUGACUUCUAUAUUCGGUACUACACAUUGCAAACUUUGACAGCUCUUCUCACAAAUUCUCCAAACAGGUUGCAGGAAGCAAUUUUGGCAACUCCUCGUGGAAUCACCCGGCUUAUGGACAUGCUUAUGGACCGGGAGGUACUUCGGAAUGAAGCUCUUCUACUACUCACAUAUCUGACUCGUGAAGCUGAGGAAAUUCAGAAAAUUGUAGUUUUUGAGGGUGCAUUUGAGAAGAUCUUUAGCAUAAUUAAAGAGGAGGGAGGCUCUGAAGGUGGUGUUGUUGUGCAGGAUUGUCUUGAGUUGCUGAAUAACCUUAUCCGCAAUAGUGUUCCAAACCAGAUAUUACUGAGAGAAACUGUGGGAUUCGAGUCUUUGAUUUCAAUUUUGAAGUUGCGUAAAGGAAAUGCAUAUAACUUCACUCAGCAGAAGACAGUGAAUCUGCUCAGUGCAUUAGGCACCAUAGAACUGCUCUUGGUGGGAUCUCCAGAGAAUGAUCCUGGAAAAGAUGCCAACAGAAGAUCUAACCAGACAGUCCUGGCCCAGAAGAAAAUAUUGGAUAGUCUUUUGAUGUUGGGAGUUGAGGGAAGGUGGACCCCAGUGAUGGUUCGCUGCUCGGCACUCCGCUGUGUUGGUGAUUUGGUUGCUAGACACCCCCAAAAUAUUGACUUUCUUACCAGUAAAAUGCUUGGAGAAGAGCACCAUGUUAAACCUGCACUAAACGCAAUUCUUAGUAUCUUAUUACAGACCCCUAGCUUGCAAGAAAGAAUUGCUGCUGAAUAUGUUAUUAAAUGCUUCUGCGAGAGGAAUCCCGAGGGCCAGAUGAUGUUGGCAUCCACUAUGACUCCUCAACCUCUAUCAAGUUCACGUGCUACUCUUGCGGAUGAUAUUCACUUGCCAUUUGGCAGCUUGCUGUUGCAUGGACUUGUAUUGAGGGAUAAUGAGUACGAUCUCGAGACCUGUUGCAGGGCUGCGAGUGUGCUAUCUCACAUACUGAAGGACAACUUGCAGUGCAAAGAACGGGUCUUGCGAAUUGAACUAGAGGAUCCAGCUCCCUCUUUGGUCUCUUCAGAACCCCUCAUGCAUCGUAUUGUUAAAUAUCUGGCUCUUGCCGCCUCUACAAAAACCAAAGAGCAAGAUCCUCAAACACACGCCCAAACCUCAUAUAUCCAACCGGCCAUUCUUCGUCUCAUGAUCACUUGGCUCGGGGACUGCCCCAAUGCAGUUGAUACCUUUCUCUCCUCGCCAGCCCAUCUCCCAUAUCUGAUAGAGCUCAUAUUAAACUCAAAUUCUAGCCCUCAUACUAAGGGCUUGGCGGCCAUUCUUUUGGGUGAAUGCGUAGUCUUUAACAAAUCGAUGGAGGAUGGACGAGAUGCCUUCAUGGUAGUUGAUGCCAUAAGCCAAAAGAUUGGGCUCACUGCUUAUUUUAUGAAAGUUGAGGAGUUGCAAAGAACCAAUGUCUUUGUCUCGUCGAUAUCUGGACCAUCCACUCGAAGGCCUCUCUUGAGAUCAACGACUGAGGCCACCGAGGUGGGGGAUAUGCAAGGGCAGGAUGAGGGAGAGAAGCAUGAGCAUGUGUUCCUGGUAUCUCUAUUUGAUGGGGCGUUUGUUGAGUUCAUAAAGAGUUUGGAGGUGAGAAUAAGGGAAGGUGUGGUUGAGAUAUUCAGUCAUCCCAAGAAGAAGGUGGCAGCUGUGCCUUCCGACUUAGAGCAGCAACAAGGAGAGGGAGAUAGGGAUUACAUUACUCGGCUUAAGGACUUCAUUGAGAAGCAGUGCUUAGAGAUGCAGGAUCUUCUUGGUCGAAAUGCAGGACUCGCCGAGGACUUAGCCCAGACAAGGGGCGAGGGUGCCAUCACCGACAUAUCUGCUUAUGGUGGUAGAGAGAGAGUGCAUUCCGAGCCCCUUCACCGCGAGCUUCACGAGGCCCAGCAGCGCAUUGAGACCCUCAAAUCCGAGAAGGCCAAGGUUGAAGCUGACUCAUCAAAGAGCCUCCAAAUGGCCAAAAAGCUUGAAUUGGAUCUCAAAAGCCUCUCCGAUGCAUAUAAUAGUUUAGAGCAAGCCAAUUUCAGGCUUGAAUCUGAGGUUAAGGUCCUAAGAGUAGGAGGAGGUAUAGGCGACUUAGAGGCUGCGAAGGCUGAGGUCAGGGCAGAGGUAGAGAGAGAGACUGAGGCCGAGCUUAAUGAUUUGUUGGUUUGUUUGGGUCAAGAGCAAAGCAAGGUCGAGAGGCUUGGUUCGAGACUUAUGGAGCUUGGAGAAGAUGUGGAUUCUUUGCUUGAGGGGAUUGGUGAUGAAAGUGGUUUGGCUGAAGAAGGUGAAAGCGAAGAUUGAAAAUCAUUGGAAAAAAGCUUGUAUCCUAUAGGACUAGGUGCUUAGGUGUCCCAAUCACUCCUAGAAAUCAGAUUUCAAAUCCGGCGUCUUUGGAUGCAAUACAAAGUUUGGGGAUUUUUUUUAUUUUUAUUUUUUUCUUUUUGGGUCUUUCAGAAUGGCAACCCAGAAUCGUGCAAUUUUACAUCUAACGUCUAGGCGGCUGUGACCUUCUUGUAAGGAUCUUAUCUUGUACUCUUAUGGAAAGAAGGUGGGUCGGGAUUGAGACAAUUGCUGCCCUGGGUUUGUUAUUUAUGCUUAAUUGCUUUAUUUAUGGGUGAAGAAUAAGCUGUUCUGUAUAGCUGAACUUGUACAGUUUUAUGUAUUGGAUAGGGAUUUUCUUUGUUAGGGGGGCCUUGAGAAUCUGGUUGAAUUUCUUACUCAGAAGUAACGGAUAUAAUGGUAAUGGUGCCACCUGUUAAUGUAAAUAACAAGUCAUUAGAGAGGGUAGGGGUCUGGUGCAUUUACUGACUCUGCCCAUCCAAAGUCCAUCUUGAAGAUGGAUUUUAGAUCCAAAAUUUCAAAGAUCAUCUGAUUUGCAUUG